AUGGGUGGUUUGGGCAUGAGAUUUGAGGCGCGAACGAGAGAGAAUGUGGAUGAUGGUGGCAUAGGAGGAGAGAGAAUGAGAACAGAGAGAGUGUUGGAGGGUAAAUUGAAAGAAGCGAAGGGCAAGGUGCGGGUUGUUGCGGAGUUGGAGGGUGAUUUGGGAAACUUGGGAGGGGCUAAAGCCGGCGGUGGGGGUGAGAGUGCGGAGGUGGUUCCACCGGGAUUUGGAUCGGUGGUGUUUGAGGAUGGAGACUGCGGCUGA